AUGUCUUCACAUGAUAACUUAAACAAUUUCCAGGACAGUUUAGCUUUUGUGUCUCUACAUCGUGAUCGUAACAUGUCAGGAAAUACAGAUUUUAACAAAAGAAAAAGAAAACCAGAUGAAAAUUACACUGCUUCAACAAAAGGAUCUUUGCUGAUGGAAAUGUUCAAUGAGCUGCAACAGUCAUUAUGGUUAAGCAAGAAGCAUGUCAGAAAAUUGGACAAAGAACUGGUUAAAUAUACAGUGAGAGCAGAGUACCUGAGAGUAAAUGAACCGAAACUGCUCCCUGCUCAGAAGCUGGUGUACAAAACUGCUGUCAGUGCUGUUGAAAAACAGGUGGGUGGCAUUUUUUUCCUCGAUGCUCCUGGAGGUACCGGAAAAUCCUUUGUAACACAAUUAAUACUUGCUAAGAUUCGUCACAAGAAACAAAUUGCACUAGCCAUUGCUUCCUCGGGAAUCACUGCUACAUUAUUGCCGGGAGGUAGAACGGCACACUCAGCAUUCAAGCUGCCUUUAGAUUUGGUGAAGGCUGAGGUUUCUAUUUGCAACAUUGGCAAAAAUUCAGAGGAAGCUGAAGUUCUUAGACAGUGCCUUCUCAUUGUAUGGGACACAAUGACCAAUAAGGGUGCCCCUGAGGCACUGGACUGGUCACUGAAAGGUAUCAGGGAUUCUACAGCUUCUAUGGGUGGUGCAACUCUAUUGCUUCCAGGAGAUCUUUGGCAAACCCUUCCUAUCAUCCCUAAGGGAAGCUGGGCUGAUGAAGUGUAUGCAUGCCUUAAGUCAUCCACGUUGUGGCCCAAGGUUAAGACCUUAAGCCUAAGCACAAACAUGCCUCCACACUUGCUUGGUGAUAGCAUGUCUGCAGCAUUUGCUGAAGACAUUUUAACCCUUGGAGAAGGCAAGGUUCCUAGGAAUGAUAGCGGUGACAUAUCCAUCUCUGAACUGUGCAACACCGUGGACAACCCUUCCGAUCUUUUAGAAACAGUAUUCCCCAAUCUGGAAAGUAAUAUGCAGACAUCAAUUGGUUCAGUGAAAGAACCAACCUGGCCCCCAAAACUGUAG